CUCCUGUACCCAAAGACCAUUCAAUUCAAACAUGUGUUUUGUCUUUGAGGUUAUGUUAUAUUUCAAAAAGUGUUAAAAAUUAUCAUUUUAAAUAAUUAAUUAAUUUACAUCUACAAAUAAAUAAUAAAAUGGAGACUGAAAGCAAGCGGCUGUUAUGCUGCUUCAAAUCUGAAAACGGCGAAGUAGCCGGUGAUAUGAUGGACCUUCCAAUUGACUGCUCCUUACAACAACUUACAUUAAUAUGCAAUGCUCUUUUACAACAAGAAGAACCUGUCCCAUUUUUAUUUUACGUAAGUGACACUGAAAUAACGAACACGUUAGAAAAGGCUUUAGAUGUAACUAGUUUAAACACUGAAGGAGUAGUAGAUAUUAUUUAUCAACAACAAGCAGUUUUUAAAGUAAGACCUGUAACGAGAUGUACAAGUUCCAUACCUGGACAUGCUGAAGCUGUUAUUUCAGUUAGUUUUAGUCCAGAUGGAAAACAUUUAGCUAGUGGAUCUGGGGACACAACUGUUAGGUUUUGGGACAUAGCUACACAAACGCCUAUGUUUACAUGCGAGGGGCAUAAAAACUGGGUUUUAUGUAUUGCUUGGUCUCCUGACAGUAGUAAACUGGCGUCUGCCUGUAAAGAUGGUAAAAUUAAUAUUUGGGAUCCUUUCACUGGAAAACAAUUGGGGAAAACUUUAACUGGUCAUAAACAAUGGAUUACGAGUUUAAGCUGGGAACCUUAUCACAAAAAUACAGAGUGUAGGUGUUUAGCGAGUUCUUCAAAAGAUGGGGAUGUGAGAAUAUGGGAUACAAUUUUAGGCAAUACUAUUUUAUGUAUAACAGGUCAUACAAAAUCUGUGACUAUGGUAAAAUGGGGUGGAAAUGGUCUUAUCUACUCAGCUUCACAAGACAGAACAGUUAAAGUUUGGAGAGCUAAAGAUGGAAUUUUAUGUAGAACAUUAGAAGGACAUGCCCACUGGGUUAAUACAUUAGCUUUGAGUACAGACUAUAUUUUAAGGAUAGGAGCUUUUGAUCCAGUAAAGGAUUCAAAUAAAGAUACUUUAAUGCCAGAUAAGAAGAAAUCACAAGACUUUGCUUUGAAAAGGUACUAUGAAGUUACAGAAGCCCAUGGUGAAAGAUUGGUUUCAGGAUCUGAUGAUUUCACUUUAUUCCUAUGGAGUCCAGAAAAGGAUAAGAAACCACUGGCAAGAUUAACAGGUCAUCAGCAGUUAGUAAAUGAUGUGAAGUUCUCACCAGAUGGUCGAAUCUUAGCUUCAGCAUCUUUUGACAAAUCCAUAAAACUAUGGGAAGCAAAAACUGGCAAAUUUAUUUGUACAUUACGUGGCCAUGUACAGGCAGUCUAUAUGGUAUCAUUUUCUGCAGAUUCAAGACUUAUGGUUAGUGGCAGUGCAGAUUCCACUCUUAAAUUAUGGAAUAUACAGGCAAAAAAGUUGGAAGUUGAUCUUCCAGGACAUGGGGAUGAGGUGUAUGCAGUUGACUGGUCUACAGAUGGACUGAAAGUUGCAUCUGGGGGAAAGGACAAGGUUCUAAGAUUAUGGCAGAAUUGAAGUUUGAUUCAGAAGCAACAUUUUUUAUAUAAGAUAAUUUUGUUCAUUGAAUUUAAAAAUAAAGAAUUUAAAUUAAUACCCCA